CUCAUCCGAGGAGUCCUCUAAGAGUAUGGCACAGGUCACAUUCAGUCACCCUCCUCCCCACCCCCUCAAACCCUCUAACUCAAACCUAGGGCAUCUCAAAGUCCCCAUCGUGGCCUGCACGGCGCCUUAUCAGAGACUGAAUACUAACAAACAUCAAUGUCUGGGUAGGAGCCAAAGGACAAAGCUGUACUGCACAGCAGGAGGAGGAGGAGGAGGAGGAGGAGUGGAAGAGGGAAGCUCCUGUAUAAAGUCAAAGGGCUGCACAUGUGGGGCCACAUUGACAGAGAGACUCCAGAGUGACGCCUCUACGCUGCUGCGUCAACCUCAGAGGACGAUCAGCGAAACACUUUGCGAGGGAGAGAUACACUGGAUGAUUAAUUUGACACUUUUGGAGGAUUAUUCAUUUUAUUCACGCUGUUUUUUUGAGAAGAGCAUUGAAAUGGAUAUACACGUUUUGAUUUCCGUGUUAUCAGUGAUGUAUUCCUGGAUUCUGUGCACAGUUCUGUCGGCGCCUGCUGAUAAUACACCCACCGCCUCCACUGCCACCCAGGCGCGCCAUGUGCGGACCAAACGCUGCUCCUGCGCCACUUUUCGGGACAAGGAGUGCGUUUACUUCUGCCACCUGGACAUAAUAUGGGUCAACACACCUGAGCGCGUGGUCUCAUACGGACUGGGCAGUGCUCCCAGGACGAAGCGCGCGGUUGCGGACUCCACAACCAUCAGCGCGCCCCGCUGCCAGUGCGCGCGUGAAAACGACGCAACAUGCAGAAACUUCUGCCGGCUGGAAAAACACCCCAGGUAUGGGACAUCGCCAGAGACGGUGAUCCGCUCAGCCAAGGGCGAUGGUUGCGCUGAGACGCAGUGCAAACACAAGCUGGCAGCCGACACGGGCAGGAUUAGGAGGACAAAGAGCAGCAACAAGAAACGAGUGUCGCCUCUAGCGAUCAAGGCCGCCCUGAAAACCCGCCUGCUGCUGGAGAAGUGGAGGGUGAGACAGCGCCACAGGGCGAGAGCAUGGGAGGGCAAGAGCGCGGCCUCCUAAAGAAGACGGAUAACCUCUGCAGGUUGUCAUACAGAGGGAGAAAGAGUCUCAAAACCUUUCUCUGAAGCAUCUGUGGAAGACAAUGGAGAGCAGACGUUCUCCAUGUUGGCUGCAGUGUCAGGCGGCAUCUGCAGCAGAGCGGAGUGUUUCCACCUGGACUUAGUUGCACUUCAUCAGAAGGUCGAAGUCAAAGACAACACAGGGAGUCCAGGUGAAGGGAGAUAAGGUGAACAGAGGACUUGGCCCCACAUCUGCAAAAAUCAAGGAAAGUGAUUGAUCGUGAAUGUGUCAGGGUCAGACUCUACGACUCCUUUGGACUCCAACAAACAGCAUUUCAAAAACUUUAAAGGAAAGAGUCCGUACAAACGCUGCUGUUAAAGAUAAUAAAACCACUGCCAUGUAAGGAGGAAGGCAGAACCACUUGUUAUAUUUAAUGAGCCCACUAUUAUACAUUCAUAGAAGGGUGCCUUGUGGCAGUUUUUCACUGACUGAAACUAUUUACUGGAUGUAACAGGUCGUCUCCUGUUCAUCAGGACGCAGGUCAUUGUAGCUUUGCAGUACAGUCACUGCUGGGAGUCUUACAUGUGGAUGUUCUCACAGAUUUAUUUGCAUUUAUAAUAAUUUAAGUUUUCACUUAAUAUGUAAUCUAUAUUGUUGUAAUUAUCAGAUCUAUUUAUUUAUGCUUUUUUGGCCAUAUUGGUCUGUCUCAUGUUUGUUUUUUUCAUUUCUAUGAAAUGUUUUGUCGGCAAGGUGCCAAAAUUUGGCCACAUUUAA